CGGGAUUCAAGCCGGUGUUUUCAGAGGGGCAGAGCGAGCGCCGCGGGUCCCAGCUCCGCAGACUACAGCAGUUCAUGUGAGAGCAGCUCGGGCACACCUGGUUGGACCGUGAAGAGCAGUUCAGCGACCGAGACAGCUCCACUCAGAAAAAAGGGAUCAUGGCCACAGGCGGAUUCAAGUCAAGCGCCGCGACGGACUUUUUGGAGGAGUGGAAGGCAAAACGGGAGAAAAUGAGAGCCAAAAUGCUGGGGGACAUUGCCGCAGCCACUGGUACUCCCUUGGGUGCCAGUAAUACAAACAGCAGCCGUAACGCCGUUCCUCCUCCAUCUCCUCCUCCUCUUCCUUCGGCCACCGAGUUCACCAACAACGGCAACCCGGACCGAAGCUCCUCCGCUGGGAACUGCCACCCCUCCUCCUACGCGGUUGCUCGGUCCUCCUCUGGCACUUCUCUAAAGAGGCCCGAGGAGGAAAUGCACCACCCCGUGACACCCUCAGCCACGCCGGGAAGCAACCUGAAGAAGGCCCUGCCUCAGCCGGAGAAGACUCAGGACUCUACUCCCAUGGCUUGCAACGACAGUGACAAGGAAAGCCCGUCACCCAGCAGCAAGGGCAAGGAGAAGAAGAGCACCGGGCCCAGCGCCAGGAAGGGGAAAGGACAGAUCGAGAAGAGGAAGUUAAGGGAAAAGAGGAGAUCCACAGGUGUCGUGAACAUACCAUCCAAUGAGAGCCUGGAUGAGCUGGAUGAUGAUGAUGGCGGAGAGAAGGACAGGAGGGAGGAGGAGGAGCUGGUUCAGGCCAACACGUUUCAGAAUGAGUCGAUGACAGCUGACCCUGACACUGGCUACUUACUGGAGACUCCAAGAUCUGGAAGCGGCCGCUACAAGAGCUUUCCACAAAUGGGGUUGGAGGAGGACACCGGCGGUAACAGCCGACAGCGACACAACCGCCACGGCCGAGAUGGAGGAGCUUCAGCACCUGGAAGUCUGGAGAAAAGGAUAGAAGACCUGGAGAGGGAGCUGGCCAGAGAGCGUCAGGAGAACGCCAGGUUGCUGAAAGCCUACCAGGACAAAGAUGAUCUCAUUGGGAAGCUGAAGGAGGAAAUCGACUUGCUGAACCAAGACCUGGAUGACAUCGAAGAUGAGAACGAGCAACUCAAACAAGAGAACAAGACUCUGCUGAAAGUGGUAGGCCAGCUGACGAGGUAGAACCAGAUCCGGCACAACAGCCCAGCAACUCUGUCGUCUCCCCUCUCCAAACCAGCCUCCUGCUCUGGGUCAAGUCCAGCAGGGUCACCUUUUAUGUGUUUGAAUCUGUGUCUUUUGUCUGUUAGAGUGAGACUGUAAAUCAGCUGUCAUCUGAGGCGCACAGCCUUAAAAUGCAUCCCUCCUAUCUGAGGAGGAUUAUUCCAAUUGUUGUGAAAGCUGAACUGAGUGGUGGGGAUUUUCGGUUAUCCUAUACAUAUUAUAUGUAAAUGUAUUGUAUAUAGGCCAUUUAGAUUGUUAAUUUUUUUUCAUUUCUGAUAAGGACAUUAAAAAAAAAAAAGAUGCUAAAAUACAUUGAAUGUAUGUGCUACAAAAACAAGCGCACACAAAGUAUUUUCAAACAUCUCCACAAACUACACCCAAUACUCACACAGGUAAACUGAAAAAGAUUUCCAUUGUUGCAAUGUUUGAAUUGUGUCUGAAGCCAGUGCAGUGCUGCUGUUUAGGACCAAAUCCAAUAUAAUUAGUGCUACAGUAUCAGCAGCCAAAGUGGGCAUAGUGCCUUGCAAUGCAUGUGAGAUUUUUUUUUUUUUUAAAAUGGUUAAAGCCUGGUGCUUUAUUAAUGGACACUGGUGCCAGAUUUACUUUCUUCCAAUAACUUUUUGGUACAUCUUAAUCCCACAAGUGCUAAUCUGCAAAAAAUUUGCAUUUUGAAUAUAUCCCAUUUAAACAAUCAGUUUAAAAAUAAUAUCAAUAAAAUGCUUUACUCAUUUCAGUGUCGACAUCUUGAGUAUUAUAGCUGACACUUAUGAAACAUCUUUGGGUAAAAUCCUUGUCUAUCAUAUAUGUGGAUUCAUUUUCUUAAAAAAUAUUUUGCUCUUGUUUACAAGUUCAGCCUUUGUGAUAUUUAAUAGAUGUUUAGUACUGAGUGUUCUGGGCCUUUAAUAUGCGGUUUAAACAGAAUUAAUUGGCAGUUUUGAAAAUUGUGAGAGCAAAACUGAAGACACUGUGAUCAAAAUGUUUUCUUGCAAGAAAAACGUCUUUGUAAAUCCAACGUUUUUGGAAAUCUAAAAGUUGUUUAUGAAUUCAAAAGUUUUGCUUAUUCAAAAGUUUCAUAGCAAAGAUGCUACAUCUGACCUGUUCCAUGUAGACUGCGGUUUUAUAAUGAGCUGUAUGAAUUGGCAGCAAUUGAUAUUGAAUGCUAAGAUUGAAGUACUGAAGUUGAGACGAUACAAAUGUUCACUGAUUUUCUAUUUUUUGGAAAACAGAGUAUCAGUGCUCUUUACCAGGGAUGUUCCCGGCAUCUAAUUUUACUCGUCACUUAAAUAUGAGGGGGGAAAAAUCAGAAUAAUAAAGUAUUUGAAGAUGCAUUUGAAAA